AUGAGUGCAACAACAUCAACCUUGGCUGUUGAUAAAUCCUUCUCGGCUACUACCACGAACAUUCCUCUCUCUACAUACACAACUGAACAACAGAAACUAUUACUCUCGUUGAGAGAUUAUUGUUUUUCAUAUGAAGCAUUUCUGGACGAACCAGAAACUAAACAAGCCUUGCUGCAGUUCAUGAAAAUUAUUCAUUGCGAGGAGAGUAUAAUGUUUCUAGAUCAAGUUAACGAGUAUUAUAGAAAGCGAUCUGCUGCCAAUAAGUGGAAUGCGUUGCAACAAAUUUUCAUUACUUUUUUCAGUGGUAAUUCUGUUCACGAGUUGAAUUUACCUCAAAGAUCAAGGGAAGUUAUGGAACAGAGCUUUAUGGAUCUGAACGACAAGAUUACUCUAAAAACACCAACAAAUUCUUCAAAUGCCAGUAACUCAACUCUUCAACAGGUGAAUAUUGACAGUUCUGAUCUUCAAGAAUGUGAAGAAGCGCUUAAGAAAGCAGAGAGCUAUAUUCUAGUCAAUAUGAAAGAACACGUCUUUCCAAUGUUUUUGGAAUCUGACACAUUCAAACAAUUUGUUUGCAAGAAGAGCAAACAAUUCUUGAACCAAAUUGGUACUGUAAGAAAUCUCUCCCACAGCUGUUUUGUGGAAUCAUUGAUGGAUAUGAAGAGUUGUGAAAUUACAGUUGACCAAAUCAAAAUGAUCAAACAACAUGUAUUGGAAGAAAAGUUCUGGGAUUGCAUCUAUAGUAAGGAUACUUGUUUUGCAUUUUUAUCAUCGAACAAGUACAUUCUGGGAGAGGAAGAAAGUAAGAAGGGUAUUUACUUUGCCAAAUCUCAAGUCAUUUUCCCUUAUACUGUGGAACAAAUGAUGAAUAUUAUGACAAAUACUACAAUUAGAUUGGCAUCUGAUAAGAAUUUGGAUAGUAUCAAAAUUGUGGGGUAUCUGAAUAAGUCUGGAGGAGAUUUACUUUCAUCACCUCCAAAAAAAUACAAGAGUAGUGAGUCCCUGUCAUCACUCAACCAUUCACCACCAGCCUCACCACAUAGUACACAUAGUAAUCAUAGUGCCUCAUCAGAUUCCCUCCUUUCUUUGAACAAACUUUCUGGCAAGACAAGAUUGGCAACUGUUCUCACCCAUGAGGUCUACAAAUUGGUGUGGCCUGUUAAGAAUAGGUACUAUGUUUUGGCUCAAUCUAUGGUUUAUGACACUACUGACAAGUUGUACAUUGUCGCAAAGAAAUCUUGUGAACCACCAAAUUACAAAUUGUCGGAGAAGGAUGCAAUUAAGGCCCUGGAUAUUGGUGCUUGGAUUUUCAUGCCUGUCAUGGUAGAUGGAAAAGAGCAUUGUAAAUAUAUUGAAUUAAUUGGUACAGAUCUUAGAGGGUCGCUUCCAAACUUUAUAGUACACAAGAUUGUCAAGACAAGAGCCAAGAACUUUUUCAGAGAAACCAUGAAAGUAAUCAAACAAACUAAAUGUGAUAUGUAUACAAGACCAGCAAACUCUAGCGGAUAUUUCGAAACAUUGGAUGAAAAUGGCAGUAUAGCCCUUUAA